GGAUCCUCCACCCACUGAAACACGUGAUGACACAUGAAGACACAUGAUAACACAGGACGAGGAGGAGGAGACGUGUCCUGAACCCGAUCAUGAGGCGUCUGUCCAGGAGGAGAGCUCUGAGCCUGGUGAGGGAGCUGGACGCCUUCCCCAAAGUGUCGGAGAGCUACGUGGAGACGUCAGCAUCGGGGGGAACGGUGUCGCUGAUAGCGUUUUGUGCGAUGGCUCUUCUCGCCGUCUUGGAGUUCUUUGUUUAUCGAGACACGUGGAUGAAAUACGAAUACGCAGUGGACAAAGAUUUCUCCAGUAAACUGAGAAUAAACCUCGACAUCACAGUUGCCAUGAAAUGCCAGCAUGUGGGAGCAGAUAUUCUGGAUCUGGCUGAGACCAUGAUCACAUCCAGCGGCCUCCAGUAUGAACCUGUUAUUUUCGACCUGACUCCACAACAAAGACUGUGGCAAAGGACCCUGCUCCUCAUCCAGAGCCGACUGAGAGAGGAGCACGCCCUUCAGGAAGUCCUGUACAAAACUCUGCUGAAAGGAGCUCCCACCGCUCUGCCUCCACGGGAGGAUACAUCUAUAGAGCCGCUCAAUGGCUGCAGGAUACACGGACAUAUGUACGUCAACAAGGUGGCAGGAAAUCUGCACAUCAUUGUGGGGAAGCCGAUUCACCAUCCGCAGGGUCACGCCCAUAUCGCAGCUUUUGUGAGCCAUGAGACGUACAACUUCUCCCAUCGAAUCGACCAUCUGUCUUUCGGCGAGGAGAUCCCGGGCAUCAUCAAUCCUCUGGACGGCACAGAGAAAAUCACCUUUAACCACAACCAGAUGUUCCAGUACUUCAUCACCGUGGUGCCGACCAAACUCAACACGCACAAGAUCUCUGCAGACACACACCAGUUUUCUGUCACUGAGCGGGAGCGGCUGAUAAACCAUGCAGCCGGCAGUCACGGCGUCUCUGGCAUCUUCUUGAAGUACGACACCAGCUCUCUGAUGGUGACGGUCAGCGAGCAGCACAUGCCACUGGGGCAGUUCCUGGUGCGACUCUGCGGCAUCAUCGGGGGAAUAUUCUCCACGACAGGGAUGCUCCACGGGUUUGUCGGCUUCUGCUGCGAUGUGAUUUGCUGUCGCUUUAAAUUGGGAGGCUUCCGGCCCAGAGAGCCUCACAACCAGAUGAACAAUGUGAACAAUCACCUCGUCCCUCUGUUGGCUGAGGACGUUCCUGAGGAGUAG